AUAGGACUCCCCCUUCAUCCAUUGUGGUGUAAUGAUUGCACUGAGUACACAGGCUGUGAGAAUUCCAGAGCAGAACCCAGACAGCGAAGCUCUUCUGAGCAUAGAGUUACGAUAGUGAGGAGAGCAAGGACACCAGUAUACUUGCUUGCAGAGGACGACAUCACGACGAAAUGGCUGUUUUGGGACUAGAGAUCCUAGGGUUGAUCAUAGCAGUCCUGGGAUGGAUAUCCAGCAUUAUGUCCUGCGCCCUGCCCAUGUGGAAGGUGUCUGCAUUUAUCGGGGUCAACAUCGUCACGGCUCAGACCAUCUGGGAGGGCAUCUGGAUGAACUGUGUGGUCCAGAGCACGGGCCAGAUGCAGUGUAAGGUCUAUGACUCCAUGCUGGCUCUACCACAGGACCUCCAGGCUGCCAGAGCGCUAACAGUCAUCUCUAUAGUCCUGGGCAUCAUGGGGGUGCUGGUGGCCGUGGUCGGGGCUAAGUGUACCAACUGUGUGCAGGAUGAGACUACCAAGGCCAGGAUAAUGACCGGAGCUGGGGUGGUCUUCAUUGUGACAUCGCUGACCCAGCUCAUCCCUGUGUCCUGGUCGGCCCAUAGCAUCAUCAUAGACUUCUACAGUCCCAUCACCAUCGAUGCUCAGAAGAGGGAGAUUGGAGGGGCUCUCUACCUUGGCUGGGCUGCAGCCUCUUUUCUCUUCAUUGGGGGGUGCAUCCUGUGCUGCAGUUGUCCGCAACAGCCUGAGAAUAGGUAUAAAGGGCCGCCCUCUCGAAUGUUGUAUUCCCCAACCCGGUCUGUGGCCCCCAGCGUAUUUGACAAGAGGGACUAUGUCUGAACAGAUCACUGGUGUAUGAUAACAGCUGCUUUCUGCUCACUCCAAGUGGACAAAGGACAUCUGAUACCAGUAAUGUUGUUAUAUUAUGUGAAAAUAAUUGCUUUUACUGGCUUGUUUAAGAUAUAAGAACAACAUCUAACUGGACUUCAUGUAUUUUUUUUUUAUACAGUAUGCCUAAUAUUAUUGUAUUCUAUAUUUGCAAGAUUAAUUGAAACCAUUUGUGUUGUUAGAUUUCAUAUUCUAUAGACUGAUUGAAUAAUAGAUGUUGUCGUGCAUAUAGCUUUUGCGGAGUGUGAAAACAAAUUAUUGUAAUGUUCAUUAUAU